AUGAGGUUCGAGCUUUCGUCCGAGAAUCUGGCCAACGUGCCUCACGUCGCCUGGCUCGGAUUGGCGCUCUUCGUCGCCCACUGUCUCUACUCGCUGACGAAGCGGCCCAAGAUCAAUCUUCCCGGACCGCGGGGCUGGCCUUACGUCGGCAACCUCUUCCAGCUCGGCGAAGAUGCAGCACAGACAUACUACAAGUGGUCGAAACAGUACGGGCCCGUUUACAAGGUCAAGCUCGGCGAGCGCGAGGUGGUGAUUGUCAACUCGGCGCAGGCGUCUAAGGAGCUGCUCACCGACCUGGGCAGCAUCUACAUCAGUCGACCGCUCUUCUACACCUUCCACACGGUCGUCUCUUCGACGGCGGGUUACACGAUCGGCACGUCGCCGUGGGACGAGUCGUGCAAGCGCAAGCGACGUGCGGCGGCUACGGCGCUCAACCGCGUGGCUGUGCAGAGCUACGUGCCCAUCAUCGAUCGCGAGACGCUCUCGCUCGUCGAGGACCUGUACUCGGCCAAGGGCAAGGCGAUCGCGCCGUUCGCCUACUUUCAGCGUCUAGCGCUCAACGUGUCGCUGGUGGUGACGUACGGAUCGCGUCUGGACAAGGUGGGCGACGAGCUGCUCGAGGAGAUCGUCGAGGUCGAGACGCACGUGGCCAACUUCCGCUCGGUUUCCAACUCGCCUGCCGACUAUCUGCCCAUCGUACGCUACCUGCCCAACUUUGGACGCAACGGCAAGGCGUUUGCCAGCUCCAUCCGCUCGCGCCGCGACGUGUACAUGAAGCGACUGCUGGACGACCUCCGAGACCGCGUGCAGGCCGGCACCGACAUCCCCUGCAUCACCGGCAAUAUCCUCAAGGACCCCGAAGCCAAGUUGACCGACCUCGAGCUCUCGUCGAUCUGCCUGUCCAUGGUGUCUGCCGGCCUCGACACGCUCGCCAACACGUUCAUCUGGUCGAUGGGCUUCCUUGCCAAGCGACCGGACAUCCAGGAGAAGGCUUACAACGAGAUGUACAAGGUGUACAAGGGCGAGAUUCCCAGUUCCGAGGAGGAGACGGUUGAGUACAUCACCGCGCUCCACAAGGAAUGCUCGCGUUACUUUAGCGUUCUCAAGCUUGCGCUGCCCAAGGCCACGCUGGGCGACUCCAAGUACAAGGGCGUCGACAUUCCCUCUGGUACGACGGUCUUCCUGAACGCAUGGGCGAUUCAUCACGACGAGGAGCGCUAUGGCGACGUGGAGAACUUCCGACCCGAGCGCUUCCUCGAGGCCGGCGAGGAGAACAAGCAGGCGCACUACUCGUUUGGAGCUGGCCGACGCAUGUGUGCCGGUGUGCAUCUGGCCAACCGCGAGCUGUACAUUGCCUUUUGCAAGGUGAUCCACUUUUUCAAGAUCGAGCUCUCGCAGGAUCCCGCCGAGCAGGAGUACGACAUCAACCCGGCCACCGGCUGCGCCAACCCCAAGGGCCUCAGCUCGACACCUAAGCCGUUCAAGGUGCGCUUUGUCCCGCGCGACCCUGCGACGAUCGAGCAGUGGAUCGAAAACGAAAAGUCGCGCACAGAGUUGCAGAUGGCCACCAGCCUCAGCAACAAAACCCCGCUUUUGGCCGGCAAAUCCAAACAGCAUCUCCGCUCCUUCUCGACCCAUCUCGCACGGCCGCCAUCCUCGUACAUACAUGUACUAUAUCUAGCACUCCCGUCCAACUUGCUUUGGUCCGAGCUCGACGCCGACACCCUCGCUGCGAUGAAGUGCAUCGUCGACUACCCAAAGGACCAUCCGUUUCCGAUCCAGAAUCUGCCCUAUGGCAGCUUCUACACCGCCGGCGACGCUUCAAGCCAGCGGUGCGGCGUAGCAAUCGGCGACUACAUCCUCGACCUCCAGGCGCUAUCGUAUACAUCGCACUUCCCGCCUGAUCUCGACCGGGAUGUGUUUGCUGUACAGCCGACUCUCAACGCCUUCAUGGGUCUGGAAAAGCAAGCGUGGCUGCAGUUCCGCAGCUCUUUGCAACAGCUUCUCUCUCAACCCUCGGAGCUGAGUCUCGAUGCCACUGUGACAGCUGCGGAUGUCGAGACUGGCAUCGCGCUGCCCGAGCACAUUGGGCGUCGUCUGUUCGUGGACCGGCUGGCGCAAGAUACGGUGCCGUGUCUGCCGUGCCGUAUCGGCGACUAUACCGACUUCUACUCGAGCCUCGAGCACGCCUACAACUGCGGCGUGCUCAUCCGCGGCAAGGAGAACGCGCUCCAGCCCAACUGGCGUCAUCUUCCCGUGGCGUACCACGGCCGAGCCUCGUCGAUCGUCCCCUCUGGCACACCGAUCCAUCGACCCGUGGGACAGAUUCUCGACAAGCCGGGCGACACUGCGCCCAUCAUUGCUCCUUGCAGAAGACUCGAUUUCGAGCUCGAGGUCGGAUUCUUCCUGGGUGGACCGCCUACGAAACUGGGCCAGCGACUGUCACCAGCAGAGGCGGCGGAUCGCGUGUUUGGCGCGGUGCUGCUCAACGACUGGUCGGCGCGCGACAUCCAGACGUGGGAAUACGUGCCGCUUGGUCCGUUUCUGAGCAAGAACUUUGCAACGACCAUCUCGCCGUGGAUCGUGCCGGUGCACGCGCUCGAGGAGUUCACCUGCGCGGGGUACGACCACCAACCUCCGCUGCAGCCCUACCUUGAAGACGGCUCCAAUACGAACUUUGACAUUCCGCUCACGGUAGCCCUUCGCCCAUGCGAAAGUGACGAGGCUGGGGAGGCGGGGUACAGGGUGAUUUCGCACUCGUCGCUGCGGCACACGUACUACACGGUGCGCCAGAUGAUUGCGCACCAUUCGACCACCGGCUGCCCUCUCCACCCGGGCGAUCUGCUCGGCACAGGCACACUCUCGGCCCCUGGUACCGAGGGGUAUGGUUCGCUGCUCGAAAUGUCGCACAUGGGCCGCCAGCCUUUCGGCGUGCAGAGUGCGAGUGGCGAGGUGCAGAGGACUUUCCUCAACGACGGCGAUACAGUCAAGAUGUCGGGCAAAGCUGUCUCUCAAACUGGCGAGUAUGCGAUCGGGUUAGGAGAGUGUGUCGGCACCAUUCUCCCCGCCAUUCCGAUGUAG